AUGAGACAACAGCCAAGAACGAACAUUUGCCCAGUUCUCAACCCGUGCCUGAACGUCAUUGACGUUCUUGAAAACGGCAAUUGCCUUUUUGGUGCUCUCUUCGCGGCAGUAAGCGGAUUCUCGGGCCCCGGCAAGAUGAAGUAUUGGGAUGGCGUGGAAAAGGAAGCUCAAGUCUGGAAGGAGCGCAUUCUAGCGGUCUGUCAAGAAUAUGUGAUGCUGGAAGCUGAGGGAGGAGCCAUGCGUUUGCCCAACCUUCGACAGAGACUGGUACUCUAUCCCUCGGAAGAGUGGGUUACGUCGGAAGAUCCUACUCAAAUCAUGAUCAACUGA